AUGCGUUCGCGCUGGCGCUACUUUUUGCCGGUGACUCUGUUCGAGCAGUUUCGGCAUUUCUUCAACUUGUUUUACCUGCUCGUCGCGCUCUCGCAGCUGGUGAAGUGGUUUGCGAUCGGACCGCUGGUGACGUACCUCGCGCCGCUAGCUUUUGUGGUCGCGAUGUCGCUCAGCACCGAGUUUUUGGACGAGUUCAAACGCUGGCGCCAGGCCGCGGUGCUGAACAACGAGGCGUACGUAGCGCUUACGCACAUCAGCGAGACCGGGCAACUAAAGUUUACGCAGCUGCCCUCGAAGCGCAUUCGACCUGGCUACGUGCUGCGGCUCGGCACGAACGCGCGCGUGCCGUGCGACUGCCUGUUGCUAAAGGCUUACGGCAGUGAGGGCGCGACGUUUAUCCGCACUGACCAGCUCGACGGCGAAACCGAUUGGAAGCUGCGCUACGCGCUGGCGGUCACGCAGAACCGCGAGUUCGACGCGUGGCCGCAGCUCGACGGCUUUCUGCAAGUCGAGCCGCCGCGCAAGGAGAUCUACGAGUUCGAAGGCGUGCUCGCGCUGCGCAACGCCGCGGGCGAGUUCGACCGCGUGCACCUGAGUCUCGCAAACACGCUGUGGGGCAACACGGUGGUCGCGGGGGAGCCGGUACUGGCUCUCGCGCUGUUCACCGGCGAGCGCAUGCGCUCGUCGCUGCACCGCGACAAAGCGGCCAGCAAAGUCUCGGCGUUUGCGCUGGAGAUCAACAACAUGUCGAAGAUCCUGUGUGCUGUGCUGCUGGUCGGCGCGUUGAUGCUGACGGCGCUCGCACCGCUGAGCCGCUACUCUAUCAUCUACUUCGUGCGGCACGUGCUGCUGCUAACUUCGAUUCUGCCGAUUUCGCUGAAGGUGAACCUGGACCUCGCUAAGUUCGUGUACAAGUAUUACGUGCAGCACGACGCUGAGCUCGCCGGCGUUCGCGUGCAAAACACGAACAUCAGCGAGGAGCUCGGGCGGCUGGACAUUUUGCUGACGGACAAGACGGGCACGCUUACGAUGAACAAGAUGAAGCUGACGAAUGUCGUGUGCAACCAAAAAAUCUACAAUCUGAACGUUGUGCGCCUCGACACGUUCGCGCCGCAGAACCCGCUGGAGGCGUUGCUGGACGCUGCGGAGUCGGAGACUGCGCGGCUGCACCGCUUCGCGCUCUGCAUGAGCGUGUGCCACUCGGUGUUCGUUGCGCAGAACGGGGGCGGUGCGGAACAGCCCGUUUUCCAGGCAAGCUCGCCGGACGAGAUGGCGCUCGUGCAGUGGUGCUGCUCGGUCGGGUUGGUGCUCGCAGAGCGUUCGCGCGACGCGAUCGCUCUGUCGUACGCGCAGGAGGACGGGCGACGCGCGCGGCUGGCGCUGAAGCUGCUGGACACGUACGCGUUCGACAGCGAGCGCAAGCGCAUGGGCGUGCUCGUCGAGUUUCCUGACUCGGGCGCGCGCUACUACGUGGUGAAGGGCGCGGACUCGGCGGUACUCGAGCUGCUCGCGAGCAGCCCGCUGUGGAUCAAAGAGUCGGUCGAGUACUUGGCGAGUCAGGGGCUGCGCACGCUGGUGUUUGGCUUCAAGCGCGUGUCCGAGGAGCUCUUCGCGGCACUGCAGGCAGCGAACGCCAGCGCGCUCGAGAGCUUCGGCAACUUGGCGGAGAAAAAGUACGCGGUCGCAGAUCGGCUGCUCGACUGCGGCCUCGAGUUUGUCGGCGCGACGGCGGUCGAGGACCACUUGCAGCGCGACGUGCCGCAAACAAUCGAGGCGCUGUGCCAGGCGAACAUCAAAGUGUGGAUGCUGACCGGCGACAAGGCGGACACGGCGCUCUCGAUCGCGACGUCGACGAACCUGAAGCGCGUGCUGCUUUCGCGCUGCAGCCCAUCGCAGAAGGCGCAGCUGGUCGCGGUGCUGACCGGGCUGUUUCCGCAGCUGCGCGUCGCGGCGGUCGGCGACGGCGGGAACGACGUGCCGAUGAUCCAGCGUGCGCACUGCGGCUUCGGGCUGGUCGGGUUCGAGGGCAAGCAGGCGGCGCUGAGCGCAGACGUGCGGCUGCUCGAGUUCCGGCAGCUGCGCGCACUGGUGCUGUACCACGGUCACUUGUGUCGGCUGCGCUCCUUCAAGUUGAGCUCGUUCGUGAUUCAGCGCGGACUCGUGCUCGGCGUGGUGCAGCUGUUCUUUUCGGCCAGUUUCUACGGCGCGCCGGUCUCGGUGUUCCCGAGCGCUUUGCUGGUCGGCUACGCGACCUACUACACGAUGCUCGCGGGCUUCGCGCAGGUGUUCGACUACGACGUCGCGCCGGAAACCAUCUACAUGUUUCCGGAACUUUAA